CGGGAGCGAACCGAGCCGGCCCAGCAGCAGUUCAGCUAGCAAACUUUUUCCAGGACUGUCCACACUUCAUCUGGGAGUUCCAGGCAGGAACAGCCUGGAGCGCGUGUCGAGGAGUCUGCGGCCGACUUGGGGACAAGAGUUUGCGAGGGGCGGGGCCGGGAAAGAAGGAUUCCCAAGGACCAGCAAGAGGAGUUUGGGAGUGAGCGCUGCCUCUAAGUCUCGGUUUCUCCGUGCGAACAGAGGUGCGCUUCUGGACAACCCUCAGCUCUAGGGGGACAGCCAAAAGGCCACUGGUCCCUAAGACUGUAGGAGUCCGGGGCUCAGGAGCACGCUGUGGUCAUGGUGAAUGAAAGUCUUAACCAGGAGAAGAGCGAUGACAACCCUGCACCCGAGUCCUCAUUCCAGAUCGACACCAGCUACUCCACCCAUCCCAGCGGCUCCAUCCAUCCCAGCGUCUCAGGCCAUCCCAGCGUCUCCAUCGACCCCAGCGUCUCUGUGCAUCCCAGCAGUUCAGCACCCCCUAGUACCUUUGCUCAACCCAGCGCUGUGACCCAUCGCAGUAGCUCAGGUCCGCAAAGCAGUGUGAUCAAGGUGAGCAAGCGCCGCUGGGCCGUGGUCCUGGUAUUCAGUUGCUACUCCUUGUGCAACGCCUUCCAGUGGAUCCAGUAUGGCUCCAUCAACAACAUCUUCAUGACCUUCUAUGGCGUCAGCGCCUUUGCCAUCGACUGGCUGUCCAUGUGCUACAUGCUGGUGUACAUCCCUCUGCUCCUGCCCGUGGCCUGGAUGCUGGAGAAAUUUGGUCUUCGAACCAUCGCCAUCACUGGUUCAGCUCUCAACUGCCUGGGGGCCUGGGUGAAGCUAGGCAGCCUGGAGCCUCACCUCUUCCCAGUCACAGUGGUGGGUCAGGUCAUUUGCUCUGUGGCACAGGUCUUCAUCCUGGGCAUGCCUUCACGCAUUGCUUCCGUCUGGUUCGGGGCUGAUGAAGUCUCAACAGCUUGCUCCGUGGCUGUGUUUGGCAAUCAGCUUGGAAUUGCAAUUGGGUUUUUGGUCCCUCCUGUUCUGGUACCCAACAUCAAAGACCAGGAAAAGCUUGCCUACCACAUCAGCAUCAUGUUCUACAUAAUAGGAGGUGUGGCCACCCUCCUCUUCAUCCUUGUCAUCAUCGUGUUCAAGGAGAAGCCCAAGUAUCCUCCCAGCAGGGCCCAGUCCUUGAGCUAUGCCAUGGCGUCGUCCACUGAUGCUUCGUACUUAAGUUCCAUCGUCCGGCUCUUCAAAAACCUCAACUUCGUGCUGCUGGUCAUCACCUACGGACUGAAUGCUGGUGCUUUUUAUGCCUUAUCCACUCUGCUGAAUCGUAUGGUGAUAUUGCACUUCCCGGGUGAAGAAGUGAACGCUGGACGAAUUGGCCUGACCAUCGUCAUCGCAGGGAUGUUUGGAGCUAUGAUCUCAGGCAUCUGGCUGGAUAAGUCCAAAACCUACAAGCAGACAACCCUGGUAGUGUACAUCAUGACUCUGGUGGGCAUGGUGGUGUACACGUUCACCUUAAACCUGGAUCGUUUAUGGGUGGUAUUCAUCACUGCUGGCACCCUGGGCUUCUUCAUGACUGGCUAUCUACCCCUGGGGUUUGAGUUUGCGGUGGAGCUCACGUACCCAGAAUCUGAAGGCAUGUCGUCUGGCCUCCUCAACGUGUCAGCACAGGUGUUUGGGAUCAUCUUCACCAUCUCCCAAGGCCAGAUCAUUGACAACUAUGGAACCAAGCCUGGGAACAUCUUCCUGUGUGUGUUCCUUGCCCUCGGAUCAGCUCUCACGGCUUUCAUUAAGGCGGAUCUUCGGAGACAGAGGGCAAACAAGGAUGUUCCUGAGACUAAAGUCCAGGAGGAGGAAGAGAGCAAUAUCAGCAAGGUCCCCACGGUCGUGUCUGAGGCUCGUCUCUGAGAGAGACAGAGACAGAGAGAGAGGUGGCAGAGACUCAGGAACAGAGACACUGUUAGCACCUAGAUCUUCAUGGAGAAGCUUCUAGAUGAAGCAGCCGGAAGAUUUGUGGCUUGCAAGGCGUGCCUAUGCCCACUGGGCCCUACCUGAGAACCUGGAUGUUUACUGGGGGGGAGCCUCACCUCUCUCCAGAUGUAGACUGGAUUCUGGUCUCCUCUCCCUCUUAUGUCUUGGGGCUAGUGUUGGGAGAGGCUGGUGAAGGGUGUCAGAGUUCAUCCUUACUUGGUCCCUUGCCUUCUUAUCCUUUCUCUCGUGGAGAAUGCUUGCAGAAUUAUCCUAAGAAAGCUUAUUCAGGAUAUUAACUUUUUCUAAUGUCUUAAGACUUAUCCACAUGAAGCCCAGUUCUCACUGAGAACAGGCAAGGUGCUCUGCCUGAGGGUCACGAUGAGGAAGCACCAGGGUCCAGCCUCCAUCAGAGCCCAUCACUCCACAGAGGCAGCUCUAUCAGGACUCUUGGCCUUGGCCAAACACUGCAGUCUCUCUUCCUACCUUCUUUUCUGAGAGCCCAGACAAAACACCAAUAAACCAGACAAAACCUCUCUUGUAGCCGGAAGGAGAAACUGAUUGGAGAGGGCUCCCUGUGUAGCACGAAUUCUAAUUGGUCUUAUUAAUAAAAACCCGGAGCCAGAUAUCAGGGUAGAUGCUGAAAGAUCAGUAAAGGAGCCAGCCACUAGAGACUUCUUACUUCCACUGAAUCCUCAGGUCUGAAAGGGUGAGAUCCUGUCUGUGCUAAUCCUUAGACUGAAUGGUCUGAGAUCCUGUCUCCACCCACCUUAUAUUCCUGUCUCCACCUCCCUAGUGCUGGGAUUAAAGGUGUGAACCACCACCACCGCCUGGCUGUCUUUCUCUUUUGGAUAGAUUCAAUCUCAUGUAGUCCAGGGUGGCCUGGAGCUCCUGAGCUCCCUGCUUCCUCUUCUCAAGUGCUGGGAUUCAAGGUGUGUGCCACCACUGCCUGACCUCUGCUGUGGUUAACUAGUGGCUGGCUCUGCCCUCUGAUCUUCAGGCAAACUUGAUUUGUUAGAGCACAAACAAAAUAUCAGCCCAUCCCUGCCUAAGUGCAACAGUACUGGGAGCUACCUUGAGUGUGUGUGUGUGUAGCUCUGAGUUGGUAGCUUGAGUUGGGAUGGGAAGGUGCUUUCCUAUAAGAGGUGCUUGCCCAGGGACUCCAGUGUCCCAGGCCACUCAGAAUGUCUUCAUUGGGUAUUGCACUGGGAAAUGCUGCCAUCAGGCCAGCAGCUCAUGGCUCUAACCUCUGUUGAAAGUUAGUCUCAUUUACUGUACUCUGACACCCAAGGCUAUCUCUGAGGAAAGGGGCAGAAGGUGACUCUUAAAAUAGACAUUAUGUCUGUUUCAGGUAAACAUAAUCCCGUGGAUGCUGGGGACAGUAUUUGCACAACCAAACCCACUCCCUGUCUCUGCUAGCAAAAUCUGCCAGAUAUUUUAAGUUGAAAAGGACUCCUAAACCAAUCCCAGUUGACCUCCUUCCUCACCCAGUCUGCUGGUUAUACUCAUGGCUUUUGUAAGGUCUCCUCCAAGAGAAACUGGCAACUCAUUUCUCCUGUGCCUUGAGCAACUCUGGUCAAGACCAUUCAGUCGUCUGGCCUUGGCCAUGGCCUUAGCAUCCCAGAAUAGCCGGUUUGCCUGCAGAGUUGGGGUGCCAGGCCAGAGGAGACCCCACCUGUGUGUACAUACACACGGGUUUGUAUGUGGUGUGUAGACCUGAGCAGUGGACGGGAGGAAAGCUGUGGUUGAGGCAGUGUUAGGGAUGGAAGGGAGAGGUGCCUUACUUUCUGUCAAGAGAAAGGUGUUCUUUCUUCAACUGUUCAAAAUGGACAUGUUUACGCAAUCCAUUUAUUUAAAAAAAAAAACCAGAGUUUGUAUUUCCUGUUUAGAAUACCAGAUAUUUUAAGGCAAUAAAGAUUUUCAAAGUGG